UUCAUAUGUCUGCGUAACCGCCAACUCUGUUCGCAAACAGGAAAUUCUUUCAGCUUCCUCCAGUUGAUUGUCAAAAGGUUCUGGAACAUUUGCUGUUUUCAGAAGAACAAUGAGCUGCAAAUACUGUCUCUUAUUUUUACUCCUCUGCGGCUUUGCUGCACUGUCUGCUGCAGAGAUAUGUAAAACAGAUCUACUAGUGGGAACGUCCUGCACCAUAAAGCUUCCAACAAAAAACAUUGACAAAUCUGUCAAUGAAGUCAAAUGGGUCCAUCUCUCUAGUGAUGCUGUGGUUCACAGAAAAGGUGGGACGAUGAGGAAACCCAUUCCAGGUCUAACAAUGGAUGAAGAUGGAUCAUUAACAUUUCAAAGUGUCAGUCUGAAGUACAGCGGCAAAUAUACAUACACUGUUUUUAAUAAUGAAGGUACACAGCUUGAUGCUGGAGAAAAGGAAAUUAAAGUUUAUGCAAAUGCUCCUAAGCCUACUGUGAAGAUAAACUGCGAUGUUGUUACUCUCACCUGUGACUUUGGAGACCGUAAGGAUCUGAUUGUAUCCUGGUAUAAAGAAGAUAAUAUCCUCUCAGAUAAAAAAGACCAAAACCUGCUCUUGACGUCUGCUCAAGCAAAGGAGAAUAAACCGUACUCCUGCAGUGUGAGCAAUCCUGUCAGCAAAGAGAAAAGUGACAGUAAACAAGUAUUAUGUACAGGUACAGGUCCAGGUUCCACUGAUGGCACAAAACCUCGUACACUCUUUGGCUUUGAUUUAUGGAUCAUGGUGAGCAUUUUAGCAGGCGGAGGAUGCCUUCUGCUGCUGCUGAUAUGUGUUCUGCUCUUCUGUGCAUGUCGAAGCUGUAAAAAACAAAAGCAGCACGAACAAGAUGAAGAGGAGCUCAGGCUGAGGAUUUUUCACGAUGAAGGUCAUAACGGUACAGCCAGAUCCAAACACACUGCUCGGGGGCAACCAGCGCCCCCCAUCCCGCAAGAAGACACAUCUCCACAAACCCCAACUCAAACUCAGCCCAAAGCCCAGGCCCGCGGUCGACCUCCACCUCCUCCUGAAGAAGAUGAUGAAAAUCCUCCUCCCUUACCUCGGCCGAGGAAUAAACAACACCGCAGGAAACACGAAGAACCGUACCGACCAAUGGAAUGAGACGCUUGUGUGUUCACUGAACGACAGUAACUCUGGGCCUUGAUGGAGUCAUUUUCUUAAGCCAUACUCCGAAGCUAAGAUUGGCAUUCAAGAAAUAGCAUGGGCAUGUACCUUCCCUCAUGUUGUUACAAACUUGUAUUGUUUUCUUUAUUUUCUUCAGACUCCAACGGAGGUCUUAGGCAGAAAGUCAAAGUGGUUCUUGUCUAUACGAGGAAAAGAGAUGGUGGUUUAUGCUAAAACAAUAGUCCUUAAGACGCUUGUGUGUGCUAUACUCAAAGUCUUCUGAGGACGAUUUAUCUAAUGAUUUACAAUGCAAAAUGUUAACAAUCAAAAGAUAAAAUUUUUUUUGUUAAAUCAAGAAAACGUACAUAAUUAGCGAGUACAUCUUCCAAAGAGAGUUUGUCUUAGUAUAAAUCACUGUAAGCUCCUAACAAUUAUUUAUAUUUUAAAAGUUCUCAGGGCGAAUUUCCUGAGAAACUGCGUGCUUUCGUCAUUACGCUGUUUAUGUUCUGUUUAUGUCAUAUUCGUAAAUAAAAGAAAGCAUUUAGAAUAUCACUAUAUUAAGACGUGGAUGUAGCUCGAAGAAGAAACAACUGAAUAUUGAACCAAAAAGCGUAAAGGGAAAGCUAAAGUAUCUGUAAUAAAUCACAAAUCAAUAUAUUUGACAUAGAAUCACAAAAGUGUUUUUUUGUCAAUAAAGCCCGUUUCCACCACUGAAUUAAAAAAAUUAUAAUUAAUAGCGAUUAAUUAUCUAUUUAUCUCACAAUUCUGAAUGACACAAGCAGCCCAAUCACAACUCAAGUGAUCAAAACAAUGUUACUCCACGAGUAACGUCAAACACCGUCUGUGAGGUGAACAUGAGUAUAAUGACUGAAUUUUCAUUUUCAGAUGAAUUAUUCUUCAGGUGUACUUAGUAGACUAUUUUCUCUCAGGUCUUUUCUGUGAAUAACAAGAGAUGUAUUGAUCAUUAUGCUGGCACAUCUGCACUCAAAUUUGGACUAACCCAACUUUUGGUUCAAAGAUUUAGUGUAAAAAUAUAACCCAGCGGUUUGGUUAGUCUAUAUUUGACCAGUUGGGUUGAAACAAACCAGCAUUUUUUAGAGUGUGUAGAUGUGCAUUGUGUUUUUAUUUAUUAACAGUUAUAUGAUUUUAACAUUAGAUUUGAGAUUUUUGCUUAUGUUAAAUUAACAAACUUUUGUUGUCCUAGUUUGCAUUAAGACAUAGAUGUAAUUAUACUUCAUUUGGGUUGAGUUACAAUUAACUUAGUGCACCUUUAAGUAGAAAACAAAAGUGUAUAUGAGUUGACUAUUUUCUAGAGAAUUUUUUCCUUUUGUGUGUGUGGGUGUGGGUGUUUUAUAAGACUAUAAAAGUAAAAAAAAAAUAAAGACAUAUAUUUCA